AUGGCGUGUAUAGGGUCGAGUCGGCUUUGUGCUCGUGCGGAAAAACUGUGCCAGUUCGGACAUUUUUCUGAAAUACGAAAGAAACUUUCAACAACAUUUACCAAGUCACGAGUGGAGAUCGAACGAGCCAUAAGCCCGACGGAGAAACAAUGUCAGAACAGAAAAACAACGGAAUCAUGCAGGAUAGGCAUCGCGAGAGCGAUGAGUUCAAUACAAACUAUUCAGCCCGGAUCCUUGCCCGAUUACCAAGUCGACCCUUACCGUCUCGUAGAAGACGAUCUUAAACUCGUAUAUGAUGAGAUACGAUUGGAACUCAAAGCAAAAACGACGCAAGAAGAAUUAAGAAAGAUAGUAACAUAUUAUUUUGAUGGAAAAGGAAAAGCGAUACGACCGUUGCUCGUAAUCCUUAUGUCACGAGCUAUUAAUUAUCAUAAGGACGAAAUGAACAUCUUGACAAUACCGCAGAAAAAUCUUGCCAUGUAUUCCGAGAUGAUCCACAAUGCUUCCCUGAUUCAUGACGAUGUGAUCGAUCAAGCCGAUUAUCGUCGAGGAAAACUAUCGGUAAACAAAGUUUGGAAUCCAAAAAAGGUAUCAUUCGCUGGUAAUUACAUUCUCGCGAUUGCCAAUAUAAUGAUGUCGCGUUUAAAUAACAAUGAAGUUACCAUUACGUUAGCUGAGAUAAUAUCGGACUUGGUGCAAGGUGAGUUCAUGCAACUUGGUUCGAAGGAGACGGAGAACGAAAGAUUUGCUCACUACCUCAAUAAAUCAUAUCGAAAAACGGGAAGUCUAAUCGCUAAUACGCUCAAAGCGACGGCGAUAGUAACUGAGGCGAACGAUCAGAUAAUAGAAUUAGCUUAUCAAUAUGGCCGAAAUAUUGGGCUUGCUUUUCAAUUGGUCGACGAUUUUCUAGAUUUUGUUUCGUCGUCGACGAUGAUGGGUAAGCCAACAGCGAUCGAUUUGAAGCUAGGCUUGGCUACUGCACCUGUUCUCUUCGCUUGCGAGAAGUAUCCAGAAUUAAAUGCGAUGAUCAUGCGUCGAUUCCAAGAACCAAAUGACGUCGAGAGAGCGUACAAAUUGGUUCACAAGUCACACGGUCUUGAUCAGACCAAAUUUUUAGCUAAGAAGCACUGUGCCGAGGCUGUAAGAUUGGUACAAUCGCUUGCCGAAAGCCCUUAUCAAAAAGCUUUGAUAUUUAUUUCUGAUUUUGUUAUCAAUCGUAUUAAGUAGCAUCAUUUGAUUAAGUAGCAAUGAGGAAUUGACGAUAGUUUAAAAAAUAUAAAAUCCGUACAGCUUGGUACUAGUUGAUUAAUGGAAGAAAAAAAAAUAGAAAAAAAAAAGAGAGAAAGCAAAAAAAAAAAUGUAAUAAUAAUAGAUACGAAUCCAAGGAUGUAUUUUUUAUCUACUUGAUUGAAGUAUAACUUUAAGAAAUGUUUCACAUCACUGAUGCGUGAUAGAAGAUAACGUUGUUGCACAAUGUAUUGUAUAUAUAUGAAUUUGUUACAAUACACGUAUAUAAUAGAAUUUUAUUACAUUCGUUAACAUUGAGAAUAUGAUUACGUAUGAUACUCAUACAAUGAUGCCUGAUUUGUUAAUAUCGAAGAGCUUAUCUCAAAAUGUAUUAUAAAGAUUUUUUCUUUUUUUUUUUUUUUUUUUUUUUGUCAACAUUACUUAUUAUAUCGGAUGGUGAAAGAAAUCAAUAAAGUAUCAAUAAUUUGAUUAUAAACGAAAAAAAAGGAAUAAAAGAAAAAGAUAUCUGAAGUUUAAAAAGAAGCAAAAAAAAAAGAAAGUCUAUUCGAAAAUUAAAAACUUUUAUUAAUCAAAUAAGAUAUAUUCUUCUUUUUGAGUAAGCGCAUGAAAAUUAUGCGUCGAUUAUCUUUCAACGUUAAUUCAAAUACAUAUAUAUAUAUAUAUAUAUAUAUAUAUAUAUAUAUAUAUACUUUUAAAUUAUUAUUAAUUUUUAAUUGAAUAUGAUGCAUCGCAUUUCUGUAUUUCUUUUUUUUUUUUUUUUUUUUUCUUUUUUUUUUAAUUACAUCCGAAGUACAGUAAUUGAAUCAAUCCUAGUUCAGUUUUUAAUGCAAAGAAAAUAGAAAAGCAUGUGCUUAUUAUGUAGCAAUAUUUAAUAAAAUGAAAUAAAGGAUAGACGUAGUAAUAAUGCAUUAGCGACGGUGAACCUUCUUCAGAAUUAAAUUUAUAAUAAUUAUAUCAUGAAUAUUAGGACAAAUAUAUGUGUAUCGAUUGCAUCGGUUAAAUUAAAAAAUUUAUGAAAUAAAAGAAAAAAGAAAAAAAAAAUAUAUAUAUAUAUAAUAUAUUUAUAAAACAGAUUGAGAGGAAGGGAUCCGUGUGUGUUAAUACGUGUAGAAAGUACAAUCUGCAAUUUAGCAUAAUACAGAGUGGAGAAUAUCUGCCAAAGAAAGCCUUCUGGUCUCUUAAUUUUUCAAUUUAUUCACCAAUAAGUGGUUUUUUUUUUUUUUUCUUUUU